AUGCAACUGCGUCACUCCUGUGUUCGAAAUCUAAGCACUGGAUUCCGUUCACGUUCGGCCACCAAACCCGCCACUUCCAACCCUCAACCUUCAUCUUCUUCUUCUCCUACUUCUUCAACCUCGUUAUUACUUUCGGGACUUGAUGAGGAUAUCACGCUCUCAAGCCUCAAGCUUAAGCGACCCUCUCCUUCAGGUGAUUCGGCUAAUGGGGUGUUUAAGCAUAUUUCUUCUAUUUUCCAUGCGGGUAAGUCAGUGUUGAAACCUGAUUAUGAUGAAAUUGAUGUUGCAAAGAAGUUUGAGAGAGUGGCAAAUCUUUCGUGGUUGUCGAGCAUCUCUCAGAACAACAUAUCUUUGCAAUGGAAGGAGCAAUCUCGUAAAAAGAAACAAAAGUAUGUGUUUGAAUUCACUCAAGAAAACCGUUUUCAGAAGUUAAUCGAAGUAUGUGGAAGAAGACUAGGACCAGAGACUACCCUUGAAUUGUUUGCUAAACUGGGACGAGAACCAGGUGUGAAAGGAUACAAUGCAUUGGUAGAAAUGUGUAUAGAUAAAGCCAGGAGAACUAAUGCUGAAGACAUUGCAAUAGAAGAACUUGGGAAGGUUUUUAACCUUUUUAAGUCAAUGAGGGAACAAGGUUUAGAGCUACAAGAGCAAACAUAUCGGCCCCUUCUUUUGUAUAUAAUUGAUAAGCACAUGGUUGAGGAGUUUCAGUUACUCUGUGUUAUUAUCAAAGAGGAGAAUCCCAGUUCAGUUACAAGGCUGGGUUAUUAUGAAAUGUUGCUGUGGUUGAGAGUUAAUAAUGAAGAAAAGAUUCAGGGUAUUUGUAAUUAUAUUGCAGAGAAUGACAGUGAGGACAUGUCUGAUAUACGAGAAAAUUAUUUAUUGGCUCUUUGUGAAAGUGAACGGACAGAGGAGAUUUUGAAGCUGUUGAGAAUCAUAGACAUAAAAUACCUUUCAUCUGUUGAAUCUGUGGCAAUGGUAUUUCAGGCAUUAGGAAGAUUACUAUUGGAACCUGUAGCAGAGAAGUUCCUUUUUGACUUCAAAAAUAGUGACAAAGAGGCAUUUGUAGGUUAUCAUCUACAGUGUGCUAAAGUGAAUUACCAGAUUGAGGAUGUCAUAAAAAAGUUCAAAGAUUUGCACCAAAGACUAGAAGUUUUGCCUUCAUCUUCAUCAUAUGAGAAGAUCAUUUUACAUAGCUGUGAAUUGCACAAGGUACAUGUAGCACUUGAUAUUGUCAAUGAAAUGUGUGAAGCGGGCUUGACUCUAUCAACUGAGGUGUUACACUCAAUAUUACAAAUUUGUCAUGAAACAUCUGAACAUAAUUUGGUAUGA